AUGGGGACCGCGACCGACGACGAAAUCAUACGGAAGCGUCUCCUCAUUGACGGGGAUGGCGCCGGGGAUGAUCGGAGAAUUAACCUGCUGGUGAAGAGUUUCCUCAAGUGGUGCGGCUCUGGCUCGCAGGAGGAGGGACACAGCCAGUACCAGCGUAUGCUGAGCACGCUGUGGCAAUGUGAAUUUUCCAUGGGCAAAACGUUGCUGGUAUACAACAUGAAUCUCAAAGAAAUGGAGAAUUAUGAAAAAAUUUACAAAGAAAUCGAAUGUAACAUUGCUGGAGCGCAUGAAAAAAUUGCUGAGUGCAAAAAGCAAAUUCUUCAAGCAAAACAAAUACGGAAAAAUCGCCAAGAAUAUGACGCUUUGGCGAAGGUCAUUGAGCAGCAUCCAGACAGGCAUGAGACUUUAAAGAAACUAGAGUCUCUGGGGACGGAGUUGGAGCAUCUUUCACACAUUAAAGAGAGUGUUGAAGAUAAGCUGGAAUUGAGACGUAAACAGUUUCACGCUCUUCUCAGUAACAUCCAGGAACUGCAACAAACUUUGGAAAAUGAUGAGAAGUUUCCAGAGGUAGAAGCUCACAGAACAAGCGUGGAAGCAGAUCCUAAGCCAGGGACAAGCUAA